CAUCCGGGGACUCACUGUACCGAGCGGUGCCGAUUUGGGGACAGCCAAAGGAGGUGGCGGGAGAGGAAUUAGAAAAUCGAUGAGCUAUGGGGGACAGUGAUGACGAGUACGACCGCAGGCGGAGGGACAAGUUCCGCCGCGAGAGGAGUGACUACGACCGCUCCCGGGAAAGGGAGGACAGACGACGAGAUGACUGGAAUGACCGGCGUCCCUCUGUAAGGGAGUGGGACAGGGGUCGUGAGAGGCGCAGCCGGGGGGAGUAUAGGGACUACGAGAGGGGCCGGAGGGAAAGGUUCUCCCCCCCGAGACAUGACAUGAGCCCCCAACAGAAACGCAUGAGGAGAGACUGGGAUGACCACGGAGGAGACCCCUAUCAUGGGGGGUACGACCUUCCUUACGGCGGAGGCGGGGGACCCAGCUAUGCCCCUCCACAGCCCUGGGGCCACCCGGAUUUACACCUCAUGCCUCAGCAUCAUGCUAUUCCCAUCCAGGCCAGGCUGGGUAAUGUCCAUGAUAUGGACCUGGGCCCUCCUCCCCCUGUCAUGAAGAACUUUAAGGAGUUCCUGCUGUCCCUGGAUGACUCAGUAGACGAGACAGAGGCUGUCAAGCGCUACAACGAGUACAAGCUGGAUUUCCGCCGGCAGCAGAUGCAGGACUUCUUCCUGGCACAUAAAGAUGAGGAGUGGUUCCGAUCCAAAUACCACCCGGAUGAGGCGGGCCGGCGGAAGGCGGAAGCGCACGCCGCCCUGCAGAACCGACUGGGCGUGUUCCUGUACCUGAUGGAGAACGGCUGGUUCGACAACGUCUCCCUGGACAUUGACCGUGCCCCCGCCAUCAUCAAAAUCCUGGACGCAGCGGUGAUAAAGAUGGAGGGGGGGACGGAGAAUGACCUGCGGAUCCUGGAACAGCCAGCUGAGGAGGAGGAGGAGAGGGCCACGGCCGGAGGGACAGGGCCAGAGCCCCCCAAGAGAGACGAGCCACGAAUGGCGGAGGGGGACCGCAAACCACCUACAGACAAAGACGACAAGGAGAAGGGUGACGGUGGCAUGUCCGGGGUGGAGGAUAACCAGAAGGGAGUGGUGGUGGCAGCAGAGGGGGAUGAGGGGGAAGAUAAGGGUGAGAAGGUUCCGGAGAAGGAAGAGCCUCCAGAGCCAAAGAAGCUGAGUAAGAAGAGGAAGAGGAAGCGCAGUGCGGACAGCGAGGACGAGGCCAGCGCCUCUGACAGCGAGUCCGACUCCGACUCAGACUCCAACUCCCACACCUCCGACAAGCCGGCCGAGAGAGAGGAGGGCGAGGACAAAGAGGAGGAGGAGGAGGAAGGAGAGGCGGAUGUGAAGGAGCGGAAGGAGGAGAAGCCGAAGGAGAGGGAGAAGGAGAGGGAGGAGAAGAAGGCAAAGGAGGAGCUGCCGCCCCGGCCUCGCCCACUGCACAGGACCUGCUCCCUGUUCAUGCGGAGCAUCGCUCCCAGCAUCUCCAAGGCGGAGAUCAUUGCUCUAUGCCGGCGGUACCCAGGGUUCCUGCGGGUGGCUUUGUCCGACCCCCAGCCAGAGCGCAGGUUUUUCAGGCGCUGCUGGGUGACCUUCGACCGCAGUGUGAACAUCAAAGAGAUCUGCUGGAACCUUCAGAACAUCCGGCUGCGGGACUGCGAGCUGGCCCCCGGGGUGAACCGCGACCUCGCCCGCAGGGUGCGCAACGUCAACGGCAUCACGCAGCACAAGCAGGUCCUGCGCAACGACAUCAAGCUGGCGGCCAAGCUGAUCCACGCGCUGGACGAGCGUGAGAGGCUGUGGAGCCAGAAGCAGCGGGGGGAGCAGGGCCUGGAGCUCCCUGCUCAGAACCCCAUCCUGAAGAACAUCACUGAUUACCUUAUCGAGGAGGUGAGCGCCGAGGAGGAGGAGCUUAUGGGAGGCGCCGGGGGGGCGGAGACAGAGGAGAGCAACAAGGAGGGCAACCCUGCCGAAAUCACCGUGGAGAGGGACGACAAGCUGGUCAAGGUGCUGGACCGCUUGCUGCUCUACCUUCGCAUUGUCCACUCCAUCGACUACUACAACAACUGCGACUAUCCCAAUGAGGACGAGAUGCCCAACCGCUGCGGGAUCGUUCACGUGCGCGGCCCCAUCCCCCCCAACCGCAUCACACACGGAGAGGUGGCCGAGUGGCAGAAGACCUUCGAGGAGAAGCUGAGCCCGCUCUUCAGCGUGAAGGAGACUCUGUCCGAGGAGGAGGCUGGGAAGAUGGGCCGCAAGGACCCUGAGCAGGAGGUGGAGAAGUUUGUAUCGGCAAACACUCAGGAGCUCGGCAAGGACAAGUGGCUGUGCCCGCUCAGUGGCAAGAAGUUCAAGGGCCCGGAGUUUGUGCGCAAACACAUCCUGAACAAGCAUGGCGACAAGAUUGAGGAGGUGAAGAAGGAGGUGGUCUUCUUCACCAACUUCCUUAUGGAUGCUAAGAGACCUGCCCUGCCUGAGAUCAAGCCCCCUCCUCCCCCAGGACCUGGACAGGGAGUGCUCGCCCCAGGUCUGCCCUUCCCGCACCAGGCUCCGCAGGGGCUCCUUGGGUUCGGCCAGCCCCGCCCCCCAGUCCUUGGAUACGGAGGUGGCCCUCCGUACCCCCCAAACCAGUAUGGGGGAGGCAGGGGUAACUAUGACAACUUCCGUGGUCAGGGAGGCUACCCCGGGAAGCCCCGUAACAGGAUGAUCCGUGGCGAUCCGCGCAACAUCAUUGAAUACCGCGACCUGGAUGCCCCUGAGGACGUGGACUUCUUUUAAUUUUCUUUUUAAUCCUUUCCGUUUUAAUCAUUUCUUUUUUAAUUCAUUGUUCGUGCACUGCCCCCUCAUCCAUCCGCCCACCUGCACACUCCUUCAGCCAUAGACUGGGGAGGCUUUCAGAAGGACUGUUCUGCUGUGACGUGCAAGAGCUCUUUCCCUCUGUUCCAGCCUCUGCAAAGGAGUAAAAUGACAGUAUUAUGACCAGACUCAACUUCAACAAUCCAUUUUUUCUUUCUUCCAAUUUAAAUAAACAUCUGC